AUGGACGUGUUGGCCGUCUCGGAGGCCCAUGCCUUGACCACGGGGAAUGAUGAGCUUCAACGAGGGACAGGCGGGGAGGGUGCCAUAGGUUCACCGGAGAACAAGUUCCAAAAAGCGAUAGCAGCAUGGCGGAACAUUGAUCUUUCGUCGUUGAUGCCGCAGCUGGAUGCAACGGCCUCAGAAUUGGUUGCGCAGCAGAAGGAGGCUUUGCUCGAAAGGAAAGAGUUGGCUCAGAAAACGAAAGAGUUCCGAAAGCUAGAAGAUGCGGCCAAAUUGACAGAGUACAAGUCUCUCUUGAAAUCGUACCAGACAUUCAUUGAUUUGAUUACCGGCCAUGGCAAGACCUCCUCCUCCGCAUUUCUUCAGCUAUACCAGCCUCUCUCUGAAGCUCCAGAUCCGUUCCCUCUCCUCGAAGCAUCCGUCGACUCUCUCGUUGCCUCGGAAGAUACCGUACCUAAGCUUACCACGGAGAAUCAGCAGCUGUUGGCUAGAGUGAAAAAGUUGACUGCGCAGCUUGAGGAAACGGAGCAGAAACUGCAGAACGAGAGCAAGGCGAGAAAAGAUGCCGAGGCCGGUACAGGAAGCCAGGUCCAGCAGGUGGAAGAAAAAUGGGAGAAGGUUUUGGAAGAAAAGCAGAGCAACUGGACAGCGAAAGAACGGUCCCUGGAGGAGAAGAUUGACAAUCAAGACAAAUUGCUCAAAGAGCUGAAAGCCAGCUACGAGGUGUCGCAGCGUCUUCAAGAUGGUUCUGGCGAAGCUACCUCUUCCAAAGCCGCGGCAGCCGAAUUGGAAAUGAUGAGUUCCGAACUUGACAGGACAAGUGCACGUCUUGCUGAGAUGGAGGCAAGGAAUGAGCAGCUAAGAGUCGACCUUGCUCAUGUCACCUCACAAUCGUCUCGGAACCACGAUAUUGAAGAUGAUCCUGCCUUCCUCCGCCUUCAAUCAGAGAACUCAUCACUACUUCGGAAAAACGAAGCGGCGAGGUUCGAGAGGCAAGCGGAGAGACGAGAAUUGGACAACAAAAUACGUCAAGCUGACAGACAACGAUCUCAACUAGCAGCAGACAAUGACGACUUGCGUGCUAAAGUAAGCAAAUGGUCUGACUACGAAGACCUGAAGCGGGAGCUUGACACUCUUCGAUCGAUAGAACUAUCCAUGGGCGUCGAGGAGGAUGGGGAUGAGACUCCUGCAAACGGGUCGGCGGAGCAUGGUGCUAAACAAUCGUUGGAACAACUUUUGCUCGCCAAAAACAAAAAGCUGAGCGACGACCUUACCUUGCUCCGAGUAUCACACCAAGAUCUGCAGAGUCAGCUGGAAGAUCUGCAAGAGGAGUUGUCGCGCACCAAUGCCGAGCUGGAGAAGGCUCAAAAACUGUCUUCGACGCUGGAAAAUGAUUUGAUGCGGGUGCAAGAAGAGGCCGAGCAUGUUCUUCCCUCUUCAGGAAUGUCAGUUGCCGGGACUUAUGUCUCCCGACACCCGACUGGCUCUUUACGGCGGGGAAGGGCAUCACCUACGUCCUCGAUCAUCUCAGGGUACGACACACAACGGCGGACCAACACUCUCGACUCGCUUCGAGCAGGAGAAGGUGUGGGGGGUGGCUCAGGCAUUCUCCCCAUGAUCCAAGCCCAACGGGAUCGCUUCAAGCAGAAAAAUCAGCAACUUGAGGAGGAACUCUCCAAGACUUAUGCAACAGUGACGUCGCUACGGCAGGAGAUUGCGUCCUUGCAAAAGGACAACCUGAGCCUCUAUGAAAAGACUCGCUACAUCUCCGCCUACAACCGUGGUCCAGCAACUUCCUCUUCAUCCUAUUCCGGGGCGCCUUCAAACACUGCAGCGUAUGCAGAAGACACGACUACGGAUCGAUGGAAGUCGCAGUAUGAAGCCAACAUCUCACCCUUCGCCGCCUUCCGCGGUCGAGAAGCUGCACGUGCUUACAAGCGCAUGAGUUUCCCCGAGAGAAUCAUCUUCUCGGUGACGAGAAUGGUGCUUGCCACCAGACUUUCGCGCAACCUCUUUGCCGGGUACUGCCUCGCACUGCACAUGUUGGUGUUUGUCAUGCUCUACUGGAUGGGGACUGCCGACAUCGAUCGAAGUGCCGUCCACUUGGGCGAAGCCGCGGCCGUAGCAGGCGUUGCAGGGCUUCGGGCUGACCAUGUUGCUGAUUCCUUGGCCGGAGAUUGGAAGCAGGAAGGAUUUGGAUAG